GCCACUACAACGUUAUGUUUAAAAAUCAAAAUUAAAUUCUAAUGAAUGACUUUUUGAGCUUCAUCUCAUCAGAUGUAUAUGAAUGUACUGACAUUACUUCAUGCUCUGCGAUUAUCAAACAGCACUCAUUCUGUACCUCGUACCAGUGAACUGAAAAGAAGUAAAUCCAUCCAUACAUGAUGUACACUACUGUAACAGGGACAAUACAGGGAAUGGCACUAACAAACUGGAAGUACUUUAAUCUGCGGCGGGUUUAUUUCUGUAGAAGCCGAUGUCAGUGCUAGACUUCUAUUCAAAUCAGGCUUGUAUUCAAGCCACCCAUUUCUAGGUAUAUCAACCCUAAAAUGGGCCUUUGUGCUGAUGAUGAAUCUUGGAAAUCUGGGUUGAUUUCAAAACAGGCAUUUAUACAAGACACGGCAGGUAGUGUUGUGCUACAUCUGAAGUGCUGGGCACUUAUCAACUGCAGAAGAGACUUUGGAAGCAUUUCUGAGCAAGGUGUCAGGAUGAAUAACAACUAUAGGACUAUCAUGUCCCCAUGGACAAUCACAGGACAGACUAUCUGGUUGCUAGCUAUCACAUUUCCAUAGGGAGUUGCUCCAUCCUUGAUGCAUACAGAUGUAUUGGCAUGACACUACCUAUGUUGAGUUUCGCCAAAGCAACUCCCCCAAGGCAUUUGUGUUAUUUUGUAAUAUCUAGAUGCAGGAAAUACGGCCAUCCCAUCCACUCAACUGCAUUCUCAGCUGUACAUGUACCGUAAAGUACCGCCAGAGCGCCCCGUCUCGCGAGAGCGCCCCACCUUGAUUUUACAGCCAAGGGAAGAAAAUCGUAUGGCAGAGUGCUACUAAGUUUGUACGAUGUGAGAACCUUCGUGUACUAAGGUCACACUUGGUAUGCUUUUAUGUGGAGCUCGAAGGUAAACUGGGUACGGAUUGACUGCACAAUGUGCAAUGUUUGUACAAGGUCCGUGUCGUAUGACCUACAGACAGGAAUCCACCUCCACAAGGCGGCCACGAAAGGACGAGAUGGUGGGGCGCUCUGGCGGUACUUUACGUUACUAGUAGCUAAUCAGACGACAAUGCAAUUGGAGUCUGAUACAGUGGUCCCUCUAUAAUCCGGCACCAUUUGUGCCACGAAAAUCUGCUGGAUAAGGGAGGGUGCUGGAUUAACAAAUCUGAUUUACUGCUGCAAUGUGCAUGAAGAGGACAUUUUGGCUACUGAAAAUUGUGCUGGUUUAUCGAGGGUGCUGGAUUAUAAAGUGCCGGAUUAGAGAGGGACGACUGUAACUCAGAUUGCUUAUAUUAUAUUGUAGGAUACUGAUUAUUGCCACUAUGUAUAAGACAAUGCUUUCCUGUGCUGUGUGUUUCUUUGCAUGUGUAUUGUGCAUGUGUGUUCGUGCGCAUGUCUGUGUGUGAGUAUGGGUGUGUCUGUGUGUUUGUUUGUUCGUUUGUAUGCCACCCGGUCGCCCGUCUCUAUGGAUAUGCCGGCCACAAGGCCAGAGAUAGCUGGCAGCGAUGUGGACUCUAUCAAGUCUACCCUUGCAAAGUAUCUAGGUGGUUGUAAUGUAGGACGGAAGCCGGUUCAUUCGCGCAAGACGGAGGCGUCAGCAACGCAAGCAGAAAGCACCCAAGACUCGGCAAAGCUUAAUGCCAUCCGCCAAGCAGAAAGCACUCAAGACUCGGCAAAGCUUGAUGCCAUCCGCCAGGCCCUUGCUGCUGGUGUGAAUCAGUGUACGCGCGCCUUGGAGAAAGAUCAGCUGCUUCUGCUGCUCGUCUGCCGGUCGUGUCCGCUGCCUACCUUGACCCAACACUUGCUACCGCUGGCUGCCACUCGCUCCUGCUGCGCCGGUGCCGUGCCCGGUUUGAGCGAUCACCUCUCGUCCGUCAUCGGUGUGAAGCGCGUCUUGGCCUUGGGUGUGAAGAAGGCGGACAGUGCACAGAACAAUGCUAUCCUCGAGGACAUGAUUGCAACCAUCAGCACACACUUGCCACGCGUAGUAGUACCCUGGCUGCGAGAAGUGGAAGUUACCCAGAAGGAUGAGACGUUGUCUGGCGAGUCUGCAUCCUCUGGACAUGUAUCAACCAAGCGCCGUCACCAUGACAACGAUGACCAGGACGACGAACUUCCACGGAAGAAGAAAAAGAAGAAGAAGAAAUCGACUCAGGUAGUCCUGAAGGCGAACAAGCCGCCUGACCUGAAAUUCUUAGGGCUGGAGAUCAAGACUCAUGAGAGCGACCCACUGCGGCAAGAAAUGAAGGCAGAGCGCAAGAGAAGGCGUCGGGAAAGGCCCCGCCUACGCCAUCGCAUAAGGCGCUCAAAUCAAAGCCCAUGGCACCGAAAUCAAAGCCCAAGGCAACGAAAUCAAAGCCCAAGGCAAGACAACUAGCACCACCACCAACAGCCCGGCAACAAGAACAACACCGAAAAUGAAUACACGUAAAAGGCAAGGGGCUUCCUCUUCGAGAGGAAGCUCUGCAUCAGGUAAUGAAGAACCAGCUUCAAAGUAAAGAAGAAGAGAUCAAACAUAAAAAUAAUAGAAUUAAUUAAAAGUUAGUAAAAAAUAUGUUCAUGAAAGUAAUAUCUGAAAAUGUGUUUUCUGCUUGCCGCCAGCUACAAUAUUCAAUCCAUGAUGCGUUUUGAUACCGUCUUGCUAUUAGUAUUAUCAUACUCAAUUUUCAACAGCUUUACUAUGGUAUAUCUCCAAUACAUAACAACUUGCAUGUCUGAACCAGCCUUAACGUAUA